AUGAGCACUCUUGAACACCCAUCUGCCCAAGUAGCGUACACUCGCCUGGCGCAGCAGCUCCUCGAGCUCGUCCCUGGUGACGGCCCGGCGCUCGAGUCGACGUUGCUCCCGCAAAGCAAAGCCGACGAAGCUCUCUACCUAGGGGGGUCCCCCUCGACAGUGUUCAUGUUUGGAAAAGCCGUUCAGUUCAUCAACUUCUUCAUAUGA